CUCAUUUUCAUACAUGGGGAAUAUGAGAGCGGGGAAGAAAUGGGAAAGAACAGUAACGUGGGGGGCAUUAAAUAAAAAAAUUAAGCGGCUAGGAAGCAAUAGACGGACGCUGAUGUAAUCCUGUAAGUGCUAUCCGUGUGAGGGAGGAGAAAACGGGUUUAUAUCGUGUCGGUUUUGGGUGUUAUUUGGCGCUGAGAGAGGCAAGGCGCCUCCCUGUAGCUGGGGUUUUUUUUUUUUCGGUUUGGCUUCAGCUGCAGUGACCGAGCUGCACCGAAAUGGCCCAAAGCAAAGCAGCAGCCAAACACCGCUCAUUAUCCACAUUCAUCUAUGCAAGCGAAAAUGUUAACUUCACAAUUAACAAGUAAUCUCAGAAGCGUUUCUCUACCGGAUCGCCGACUGUAGCCAUAAAACGUCCAAGUGCCGAAAAACUAGGGUGCGAGUUUGUGCUUGAUAUUAGGAAAAGUGCAGGUCACAUGGAGCGAGCAGGAAGCAUUCAGCUGGACAUCCCUGACUUCAGCAACUCUGUCCUGUCCCACCUGAACCAGUUGCGCAUGCAGGGCCGGCUAUGCGACAUUGUAGUGAACGUGCAGGGCCAGAGUUUCCGUGCCCACAAGGUGGUCCUGGCUGCCAGUUCACCCUAUUUCCGGGACCACAUGGCACUGAGUGAAAUGAGCACCGUGUCUCUGUCAGUGAUCCGCAACCCGUCUGUGUUUGAGCAGCUCCUCUCCUUCUGCUACACGGGCCGCUUGUGCUUGCAGCUGGCGGACAUCAUCAGCUACCUGACAGCUGCUAGCUUCCUGCAGAUGCAGCACAUCAUUGACCGCUGUACGCAAAUUUUGGAGGGCAUCCACUUCAAGAUCAGCCUGGCUGACGUGGAGGAGGAGCUGCGUGGUCGUCGGGGCACGGGACGAACCAUUGAGGCUGAGAGGGGUGGUUCGCGCUCACUCAGCCCCAGGCAUGGUGGUUCCAGAGUUCUGGCUACACAUGGAGUUGCUGCUGGGGUCAUGGAAGUGAGUGAAAUCAGGGAGGUCAGCCCACCCGGGGAAUCCAUGAGCCCACAGAUCGUAGAGCACAGCGGGCUUGGGCCUGAAGCUGUGGGUGCCGUGAAUGAACCCAUACUGCGCAUUAACCGGGCGGGGCAGUGGUACGUUGAGGCAGGGCCUGACAUGGAGAGAAGCAGAGAUGAGACCAUGCAUGUUGUGGAAGGCCUGCGCAUCAAGACUGAGCGCAUGGAGGAGUGGAUGGGGGCAGAGACUCAAGCCUCAGCUGAGGAAGGGAGCGGGACAGAGGAGGGGCCUACUGUGAUGAUUGACACCUCAGGACGCAGCACGCUGGUGCAGGAGGGCUUCAUUACUGGCGCAUCCAGAGCCAAAAGCUCUCAGCCAUCCAGCAGCUUCAGCGAGUCUGAGAGGUUUAGCCCAACAGGCAGUGUGGUGGUGAUGGCUGAAAGACCGAGGGCCAAAAGCGAGUCUCCAGGAAGAGUGGACGAUCAGAGGCAUCCUAGCUCUCAGGGAGAGGAAGCAGCUGUGUUUGAUGUGGGAGGGUAUGAAGAGUAUCUGCGUGAACAGGUGGGUGAUCGCUGGUUCCGCUACAACCCCCGCCUCACCUGUAUCUACUGCUGCAAGUCCUUUAACCAGAAGGGCAGUCUUGAUCGUCACAUGCGGCUGCACAUGGGCAUCACUCCAUUCGUGUGCCGCAUGUGCGGAAAGAAGUACACGCGCAAGGACCAGCUGGAGUACCACAUCCGCAAGCACACAGGAAACAAGCCCUUCCACUGCCACGUCUGUGGCAAGAGCUUCCCCUUCCAGGCUAUCCUCAACCAGCAUUUCCGCAAGAACCAUCCAGGCUGCACACCACAUGAGGGCUCACACAGCGCCUCGCCUGAAACCACCACCAACAACAACAAUAACAUCAACAACGCGAACGCCAAUUCUGCCACACCACGCCGCACUCAGCAUGAAGAUGAUGAUGAGUCUGAGGGAACCGGUGCAGGAACCAGAGGAGGAGCUUCAUCUUUUGGUGAAGGGAUACAACCGUCGGUCUCCACCACUGGGCCUGAUUGAAGGGAUUGGGUUUGAUGCAAUGCAUGGAGGUUGAGGAGAUGAAAAACAUUUUGGGCUUUUGAGGAAAAAAAAGACAUUUUCGAGAAGCUAGUCAACAAGUAAGCAUGUACAGGAGCUGAUGGAGUACGGUAUAUCCGUAUACGCUUGUAAAGCUACUGUCAGUCUCAGUAUAAGUUGGUGGGUAUUUUCUCUUUGAUUCUCAGACUUUUUUUUUUUUUUCAACUGUAAGUAAACAAACAUGAAACUGCGAAACAAUUGCGAAGACUGUUUGCUAUAAAACUAAAGUAAGAGUGAUUAGGUAUUUAUAAAUAAAUAACAUAUAUGCGCUUUAAACCGCAUCUACCUUCAGUUGCACAAACUGAACCGUUACUUCAACAAAUGAAGACAAGCCACACUCCAACAACCUCACACACCACUGGAUGCAGUUUUCUUCUUUCUUUUUUUUAAUUUGACUUUCUUGUCUUUUCUGUGUGUUGCAGUGGGUUUUUUUUUUUUUUUGUAUUUUUUUUUUUAAAUAUAUUUUUGUACAACUUUAACAAAAGCUUCAGGAUUCAGGACAGAGAUGUUAUGAUUUGGUCAAAUUGUGUUAAAAUUGCCAAACUUCAGAUGGUGUGCCAGAUGGUGAUUAUAAAAUAGAGGAUGUUUCAGUCCUCAGUUACUUUUGCCUUGAGACAAUCUUAACACGUUGAUCUGGGGUUCGAUGCUGCUGCUCCCCAGCUAUAGCUAGGCUAGAAAAACGGGUUCUGUUUUUCUUCGUUAGGGCCCCUCAGGUCUGAUCUAAUGCCAGAUUCUUAAUUAGUUUGGAUUAGUCAUAAAUUUGUUAUAAAUUGUUCUGUUUGUAAUUAGUCAAUAGGCUUAAAAAAAAAAACUUUAGGUGAUGGACUUUAGACUUAGAUUUUAAUUAGUUGUUGCGUUAACUCAAUUUAGCAUGUUCUGAAAACAGUAAGAUUAAUAUUGGAAUGUGGGGAGAAAAAAAAAGCAAAUGAUGUUUGAUUAAUAUUUCUCAUUCUCAUACUCCAAAUCCAGCUGCUGAAUAUAACUGAUACAGUAGUAUAAAAAACAGGAAAGUGUUCAACCUCAGAUAAGCUACAGUACCACUCAGUUACCUCUCCCUCAUCACUACGCAAUACAGAUCUGUUACACACAGAUUGGUGGAUGCACUCAACUCAGUUUCACGUUUAAAGGUUUCUUUCUCCAUGUUUCUGUAUUUUACUAUUUUCUUCUUUUUGUAAUAAGUGAACAAUAAGACAUUUGUAAUUUGUAGAUUUUUUUUUCUUUUUUUUCUCCUCAGUAUCGCUUUGAAAGUGAUUGAUUGAGCAUGUUACAUUAGUGGGAAGCGUGUGGUUUUUUUGUUUUUUGUUUUGGGGGGGGGUUGUUUUUUUCCUUUGUAGGUAAAGAACAUUUUUAUGGCAAACGUCCAAGAAAUGGAAGUCAGGAAUGGAACCAAAUCCAGGACACAUGUACGUCUGUUAACAGGAUUUUUUUUUUUUUUUUUUAAUGCCACGGAAUGACUGUGAGAUUAGGAUUUAUCAGAGGAGAGCACUUUAAGUGUGGAGUCAAUUAUUAUUAUUUUUUUUUAAUUAUUAUAUAAACGCACCAGAGCCAUACUGGUGCUCCGAUUCGACUUCAAGGGACAGAAGCUCUCGAGAACCAAAGGAACAGAAAUGUAUUGUAGAUGUUAUCCCUGUGACGCAUGGUGUCCAUGUCACUGAGGAAUCUAUUAUUAAAAAAAAACAAGAGAGAGAAAGAUUACAUCCGGCACAUAAAGAUAGGAUUGUUUUUAAGCAGGAAGGGGGACUUUUAAAGUAUCUAUUUAUAUAUCACUUAUGCAUAUAGAGACAACUUUUUGUAUGUGUAAAAGUGAGAAAGGAAAGAAAAGCUUUGGUAAAGUGAAAAGAUGUUUGUUUGAUCGAUGGUGUGGAUUUUUUUUUUCCUCCUUUAAGGCUGUGAAUCACACGUUGGUUGUGACCAUAAAUUUUUUUUUUUCCUCUUUCCUGAUGACUGGGAAGAGCCUAGAUGAGAAACAGCUACUGAUUACCUUCAAUGGAAUGCACCUCUUAUCCUCUUAAUAACCAUUCAGGACUCUUCAAGACUUUUCUACCGUUUCCUCUCAUUUCUGUGAAUACAGGUUAAUACAGGUCAACACCUCUUUAGAACGAUAUCAGGAUCUCAAUUUUAUUUUUUUUUUGAUGUUUACUCUUCUUUCCACACUAAAAGCCGUUUAUUUUGAUGUUCUUGGACCUCAUAUUACUUUCAACUUCACAAGUGCAGCAGAAAAACACGUUGACAACGGCGAUGACGACGUCCAAGCAUCUCCAUAGUUAAAGCCUCAGAAGAAGUAGCAACAUGAAAAUGUUAUAAAACUGUGUACAUGUGGUGUCGGCGUGCAUCAGUCAGGUUAAUGAGGAACACGCCGAUGUCGUGGGUCUCUUUUUACUCCAGCGCAACCUCAUGAGAACAGCCGAUGUAGAUUACAACUUUAUAUAUUCAUAACCUCAUAAUAAUAACCUAGUGCGACACGAUAUAAGCAAGUUGUUUUUUGUUUGGUUUUUUUUCCCCUCAUAUUUUAAAAUUGUUUGAUAUUAACCAGUCCCAUAAUGGCAGGGUGAUGGUUGUAGUGACCGUACUGGACGUAUCUUAGUAUCAGAUGCGUGUUUGUUUCUGUUCAGUACAAUGCAAAGGAUUUGUGUGUAUGAUUGAUCAUUCCAAGUUGCAGAAUGUUAUCAGAAGAGUAAAAUGUUAGGGCUAAUACUAACGUGCAGUAUCAUAUCUGUCCAGGUUUAAAAAAAAAAAAAAUGUGCUCACUAAAGUCUGUCAACAUAUUUUUUCUUAAUUACUUUUUUUUUGAGAAACCAAGCUCUUCAUGAUUUACUUAUCUUUCUCUGACCUUCUCAUUUUGAUUUUUUUGUUUGCUUUCAAAGCUUUAAUCACAUAAGACAAACACAUUAUCAUGAUGUAAAUACUAGUGCUAUUUAAAAUUUCUAAUAAUCAGCACAGGUACUGCAGAUAAGAUGGCAUUGACUGAACAAGUGUUCUGUAUUAAACGCACACUCCAGGCUUACAUGUUUUCAUGUCGGAUUUUACAGGAAAAUUGAGCUGUUGCAAGAAAUUUCAGUGCAUUUUCCAACCAGCAUCUGUCUGUAGACCUCGUUUACACCUGGAGUGUAUUUUGAUCAAGUUUUAUCCACAUGCAUUUGUACGGCAGCCAAGAGAGGAACGUCGUUGGUGAAAAUUUGUUUAAAAAUGUUUAGCUUUUGUAUGUAGAUCAACCAAAAGUAAUAGUAUAUAUUUUUUUAUUUUUAAAUCCUCAAAGUAAUAAGGGAGGAAGUCAUGUUAUGUUUCAUUCCAGAGGAACAGCACAGGCUUUUUGACACUCAGUGUCUGAUCACAAACUGAUUAGACUUGUAGCAAAGCAGAUACAACACGGUGAUCUCCAACUCAGUGUAACAUUGACCGUGUGACAAGCUCACCCUUAGCUCGUGAGGUUUUAAUGUCUUUAGGCAGAUUGACUGCACACGACAGCUACCAAAAAGAAGGAUGAACACUAGUACGUGCUUCAUCCAAGACCUGUGAUUUAUGAAAAUCUAAAAUUGCUUUAUCCCUUAACUUAAAAUUGCUUUAUCCCUUAUCUUUGUGAGCCAGACUUUCUUUCUUUCACUAGAAUCUGGGGUGUAGAGUGUGCCCUACUUGCACAAAAGUCCAACCACAUUUACUUACUAAUAACUGAUUGAUUAUAUGUCGAUCUAAAAACCUCAUUUUCCAGUUUUCAAAAAUGUAUUUUCCCACAAAAAGCUUGUGCAGAUCCACUGAAAUGUAAAGUCCGAUUACACCAUCAUGCAUCAUAUGGAGCAUCGGAGUCUGAUGUUUUGAGGCUCUGUUAUGCACAAAAUAUAGUGAAAACACCAUCAAUUUCUUUAAGCAGUUUCUGCUUACAGGAUAUCAUGAUCUAUGGCAAUUUGUGAUCCUGUACAUUUCAUUGUAUUUAUUGUUCCAGGCUGUUGCGUUUGGAAAAUGCAGUGAAAUUUUUUUUUGUAGCUCCUCAUUCAACAACUCCACUUACCUCAGAUUCUCAGUUUUCUAACAGUAAGCUUGUGAAGUUGCAUGUCUCUACUACGUAUUCAUUUUAUUAAAAAAACCUGGGAACACUGAACGACAGUGCUGAGCCAUAUCUGACAGAUUUGUUCAGUCUUGUCUCGUCCCUCAGAAUAUUUUGUACAGGGACCGUAUUAGACGAGUCGAAUGCAAAGUUUUUUUUCUAACGGAACAACAACACUGAUUUGUGAAGCUGCGGCAGAGACGUUUUUUCCCUCUCGUUGUUGUUUUUGCAGCCUCACACUCUGUCUUUUGGGGGGGAGGGAUGUAAACAGACUUGGUUUGAAAUGUUACUUGUUAAUUUGCAUGUCUUUGUCAUUUGUGAUGGCCAAACAUUAGUCUGUUUAUAAGAAUGUUUCCACUCAUCUAAAAGUAUUGCACCAGUAUAUGCCAAAAUAACGAUGUUUUUCCCCCUCAUUUUGUCUUGCUAUAUUGUUUAUUUCCCAAAAGCAAUAUAGUCUCUAAAGAUAUUUCUAUGUCUGUCUUGAUCAUGUUACUCUU